CCACCGCUUACACCUCCUCCUCCUCCUACACCCCCGAUUAGAGAGAGAGAGAGAGAGAGAGAGAGAGAGGAGGGAGAUGGUGUUGUGGGAGAUAACGGCGAUAACGGCGUACUUCCUGGGGCUGAGGAGGACGUACAGGCUCGCGCUGCGGAUCCAACGCCGUUUGAUCGGACCCAGCCACCCCAGGAUCGGGCACUUCCUCCAGAGGCGCACCCGUGCUGUUUUUGAUGUGGCUCUUAAAGUUCACAAGAACAUCCAACAGAGAGAUAUAGCAGUAGGUCGGAAUCUUGGGAACUCGAUCCUUCGUUGGCUCGACCGCUUAAAACCAUCGGCGCAGAUCCGACCCCACCCUUCUAGUACACCAACCAAUGGCUCUUUUUCCUCACGGAAUGUUUCAGCUCAUAACCAGUCUCUUAAAAUGCAGAAGCCGAAUACAAAAGCAGCUAAAGAUCAAGAAUCCAGCAGCCAGUUACAUUUCACCUCUUGGAAUGUUCGGCCAAAGUCCUUCCCGACCAUAGCCAUGAUGACUCAGCCAGCAAGACCGUCAGGCAUGAACAGCCAGUAUAGACGCUUUUCCUUCUUGCCAUCUUAUGGUUCUUAUUGUUCGGUUUCGGAGCGAAGAAGAGAUCUGUUGGCAGGUGUUUUCCGAAAGGACAUUGCGCAAUUGAUGCUUCAAUGAUGAAGGAAUCUCUUCAAACACUGGCUUAACAAAGAAAUUCUAGGUCGAUGUUCGGUAACUUCCAUGUUUUUGUCUUUUGCUUUUUCUUGAAUUUCUAUGCAAAUUGAUGGCAAACACUACUUUUACGGCUUUUUUUUUUGACAGCAAAAAACAAAAAUGCAAUACCAACUUCUUUUUUGUUUUUUCUUAUUUUUCAUUUUAGAAAGGGAUUAGUUUGCAGAUAACCAACAAUAUAGUUGUCUUGAAGUUCAUUCUUGGUGCCUUCAAUUGCAUAGAAUUCGAGAAAACGAAAACAAGAAAUGAGCACAGCUGAUAUCAAUAAAAUCCACAUGUUGUUACCUUAUGGUUAGUGUUCGCAUUAUGUUCUGUUUAGGGCCAAAUACAAAGCUGCUCCCCUGUUACUCUUAUGCAGUUACCUAUGACAGGACACAAGUAGCAUCAUAAAUGGAGGGGAUUGGACACUUUAAAAAAGCCCUAAUGUAGUCCUUCUCAUGGGUUUUCUCUGAUUAGUUACUUGCUAUUCACUGUUUCUUUCCAAUUGCUAAUCCCGAAAUAUUCGACAAAUUGGGACCACUUCUUCUACAUGCUUUACUUGCUUUGUUUCGGCAUUAGUCUCUGUAACUGUUGCCACAUUUAUCGCCGACCCGAUCAAACUGUUUGUUCAUGCUGUAACUCUAUUAUAACUCACUUGAUAAACUGAUUAUUCUUACUAAAAGGUUCACUCUUCUUGUGUCGUA